AUGGGUGUUUUUACUCCAGGAUCCUGCUCACCUGCCACCACAGCGUUCGAGCUGCCCAAAAUGCAAAGGCGCGUAUUCGAAUGGCUUUCAAGCGGAAAACGUGAGACAGCAUUUAUGUUACUCCUACACCUCGCACUCACUGACCAUGAUGACAGCAAAAAAACUGAUACGUUUCUUGCUGACUUAGAUCCAAUCGCACCUGUCACGAGUGCAACCGCACCUCACAGCCCUACUAGUUCUCACCACUCAACUCCCGAAGCCGAUGAUUCUAUCCUCACAAUGGACAAUAACAUUCCUUGUUCCUGCGACAAUCCAACACUGCAAACAAUCCAGACUAUGGCAGGACACUGGGGGAAAGGUUGGGAAUGGGAGGACACGUGGAAUGUCACGUACAAAGAGGUACUCGCGCACGCACAGGCUAACGGGGAACAAGAGACCACAAGGUUCCUUGAUGACAGCGGAAAACAUGCUUUGGAAGGGAGGAUGCUUCUAGAUGACAUCCGGGAUCUCGUGUAUACUAACUGUCCGUGUUGCAGGGAGCAGCUCAAGCAUGACACUAUUCUACUACAUGAUUUACUGGUCUCCAUCACUUCGCAGGUCAAAUUCUUUGAGGUGAAAGUAGAUAGUUUUUGUCUAUAA